GGAUCAACAAUGUCUAACUAACACUCGAGCGCGCAGGUCUCGUGUUAAUCGUAACAAUAAGGAAAACACUGUGUUUAUAAACAGGAAAACUCAAGAUGAGAGUUACUGUGUUUGUUGUAAUGGUGAUCUGCAUGGUGUGUGCCUCAGAAGCGAAAGUAGCCAACCUGACAGAAGCGUGCUUCCGUUGUCUGUGCAUGGCCCCAACCCGCUGCUCUGCGCCCAAGCGCUGCUUCGGCGACUUCUGCGGCCCUUUCAACCUGUCCAAGGAUUACUGGUUGGACGCCGGCCAGCCUACACUGCUAAAUAACGAUCCAGAGAGGAAGGGAGCGUUCGAGGAUUGUGCUAAGGAUUACGAGUGCGCCAAGACCAUUGUCGCGGGGUACUUGGAAAAAUUCGUUACGGACUGUAACAACGACGGCGUGAUCGACUGCCUCGACCACAUGAUGGUGAAUGCCAACGGCAGGUACGACUGUUCCACCCCCCUGGAGACCACCACCGUCGGCCGGCGCUGGUUAGCCGCUUACGAGAAAUGUAAGGUGGAUCUGUGAAUAAAAUAAAUGUUUGGUUGUA